AGUACAUUUUACUCAUUGCACAUUAUAUGAUAAUGGGAGCAGGUAGUAGUAAUAGUAACAGUAGUAGUCAUAGUGGAAAUGGAUCAAGUAGCAGUAGUAGCGAUAGUUCAGACUCAGAGAGUCCUGUGGUAAACACAUCGUUAAUCAAGAGCACUCUCACUACAACUGAAAAACAACAGUUAUCUCAACAUAUAACUGAAUUACACAACUUGGCUAAACUGAAACACAGCCAGAAAGACAUAGACAGCCAUGUACAGUAUAUCAGGACUCGUGUUAUACAACCAAUCCUUGAUAAAUUCAACAAAAUGCAACCAGCAUUAGCAGUGGAUGAUGUACUACUGAAUGGAAGCAUGUCAAAUAAAAGUAAAAUAGAAUUUCCUAAUGACAUUGAUUUUGUUCUCCCAAUGGCUCUCUCCAGAUAUGUAGUGAUCUCAGAAAAAGGUUAUAGAGGUUGGUUACAUGUAAAGUUACCUGAUGCUCCUCACACUGAUUUACUAAAUCUCACCAAGGAACAUCAAGAGUUAAUACCAUAUGGCAAUUCACUAAAUACAGAAUAUUUAACUAAGAGUAUUAUACAUAAAACUGUUGCAGAGUGUUUAUCACAACUACACACUGAAGGUGUACUGAUCUACAAGGGAGAGAAAGAUCUAAAGUAUAAGCCUGUAGAAUCAUCCCAGCUGGAAGAGAAUGCAGUCAUCCUGCAUAAUGAACCACAUGGUCCUUGCAUCCAACUCAGGGUGUGGGGACCAUUGUGUGUAACUGACAUAGACAUUGCAUUCUGUCUGAAAAUACUCAAUAUACCUAAGCUGCCUCAUACAGAGGACAACUUCUUUGUGGCAUUGCCUAUGGGAUUUGACUGGGUGAAAUCAUUCUAUGAGAAACCACACUUGCGGGCAUCCAGGAUAGAUGAUCAUCAUAGGAUUAUACUGAAAACACUGAAAUAUAUUCUAUCACAGUAUGAGAAGACACUUGAUGUUUAUGAUAAAACAGAGUUACAUUCCCAUGCACUAUUCACCAUAGUAAGAUACCACCAGGAGCAAUGUGAUAACAAUGCAGGAGAACCAUCUAUUGCUGAAUGUUACUGUGACAUCUCACACAAUCUAUGUAAGCUGUUGCUAGAAUCUGUAGAGAAUACAACAGAGGUUGAAGUAAGUGCUAGAUUGCUUGAUGAUCUCUUUGAUAAAGACUGUCCUGAUAUGUAUAUCUAUGAAUCAGGUGGUGAUGGUAUAUAUAUGAGCAUUGAAACAAUAUUAUUCCUACUUGUCAUGUACAUUCUGUCAGAACUACUGAAAUCAUCACGUAUAAGUUCUCCUGAGUUCUACUGUGAAUAUCUGGAACUGGUGUUUAGAGAGUGUAAGCUGGAAUGCAAGAGACAAGAUAUACUGCAGAAUCCAAACAGGAAGCUUACACCUAGUGAGAGGGAGGAGAUCUCAAAUGUAGAGGAUAUGAAGGAAUUAUUGAAAUUUUAUAAUGAUGAUGAUUAUUCAGCUGUGGUUAAUACAGAGAGAAUUCUGUCAAAACUGAAACCCAAGAUAAUUUUAUUGGAAUCAUUGACUUGUAGAGAGUGGAUGCAUAAGCCCAAAGAGCACUACCUCACUAUCUCCCCUCAACAUCCCAAGAAUGAAUGGCAAGUCCCUGGCUCAACAAAGAGUGGAUGUGUUACCCUAAAGAGCACUGUCCCACAAUUUCCCAUUAACAUCCCAAGAAUGAAUGGCAAGUCCCUGGCUCAUCAAAGAGUGGAUGCAUUACCCAUAAGAGCACUACCUCACUCUCUCCCCUCAACAUCCCAAGAAUGA